ACCCUCGAGCGUCCAACUAUACAAGCUCACGUUUUCUUUCUCGGCUUUUUUUUCCUUUUCGUUUUCCUUUAGUUUAAAUUGGCAUAUUAUUCUGGUCUCUUCAUUCAAGCAAGGCUUUAGUACUACACUAACAACUUCAAGGGUUCCGAUCGCCAUUUUUGUUACGAAUCUAUUUGUGCCGGCGCCUUCCCCUGAGGAAACUAGUGGUAUUGAAAGAUAUAUAUAUAUAUUUCUAGUCCAGCUUGUCAUGCCGACGGGCGAACCUAAAUUCUACCUCUUUGGAGGGCUAAAACCAUGGAACGAGCAAGCGUGGUCUUCAUCAGAUGAUCAGGUACGGGGUGGUAAGAGUGAGAGCUACCUAAUUCAUUCGGCUGACUCAAGCGUUGCCUCAUUCCGUGGCCACCUGGACAUCACAGCCCUUGGUGGCGCCGGCUUCGCAUCUCAGCGAUCUGUGGACCCACAGUCUUGGGAUCUAUUCGACUACGGAGGGAUUCGUCUUGGCGUGACGGAAAGCGAUGGCAAGAAGUACACCCUCGUCCUCAAAGACGAGGCUCCUCUGAAACGCCCGGACGGUAGGCAAGAGAGUAGCAUCAGCUGGGAGUAUGACUUCGUGCCUAGCGGCACCGAAGUAGUUGCCUCCUGGGAAGACUUUAAGCCCAGGUUUCGAGGUAAGCCGAAAGACGACGCUGGUCCCUUACGCCUGGAUCGUAUUAAAACUAUAAGCCUCAUGAUGCGAAGUUUCUUCGGUGAACAGCAAGGCCCUUUCAAGCUUGGUCUUCGGUAUAUCGCAGCAAUCAACUUUGAGGACAAAUCGGAAAAUUAGCAAGAAACCGGAGUCCACCUUAAAGGUUUAGUCCGUCAUAACAGGGAGGUAUAUAGAAACUUGGAUAGGUUUCUAAUGGGUCCCACGACAACUGAAUUCGGCGAGUGGUUCAACUCGCUUUUGAACAUUUACAGUGGUGCGUAUCUAUACAAGUUAGAUCUUACGAAUCCGAAAGAAUAGGUUUUCGAAACGAGAUGUGUGACGUGUUGAUAGUGAUUCCAUCAACUAGUAACAGCCGAGUCGAUAAUUUGAUGAGGAUGUAUACCCCUUACUCUUCACUUACCGAGAUGGUGUCUUUAGGACUCCUCAAGCAAGCACGUGGGAAAUGAACCCGCCAAGUACUCGCCCAGGUAAGUAGUUUAGAAUCAUCACAGUUCCAUCUAAGAGGGCCGGAAUUACGAGUACAAUAUAGUUCCCCGAGUCUUAUUUGUCCUACUUACGGGGUCCAGCCACCGGAGGCUCGUUUUGGCUGAAAGGCUAUCCUCUAUAGAGGUGAAAUACCAAGUUACCACUAGACCACUAGCUGCGUACUUAGAGGUAAGUAUCGGGCUACUAUUGGAAUUGUUCAAAAGAUGGGACAACGUGAAUUUCUACCACUAAGUGUCUGGCUCGUUAACUGAGCCAAGACAUGGUGUAUACACGACGCCAAGGUAGUUCAUCAAGGCAACCUUAGAAAUAGAUAUUAACCGCCUACUGAGCAGAGCUGAAAUGAUAGAGCUGUCUAUAGACAGGUCUUGG